AUGAAGCUAUUGUUAGGCCUGUUGUUCCUUUGGUUGCUCAUCUCAGAAGGUAAUGCAGAUCAUCUGGAAGAACACGGGAAACUAAAGACUCUAAGAAGCUUCCAGUUUUCAUGUGAGCAGGCGAUGUUACAUGAGACUCCUUCAUCUUCAGUUCAUGCUCUGAGGCCAGCUGACAUUAAAACAGUCACUGCAAUAGGAAGUUUGCAAAGAACACCAGGAUCAGGUGCACAUCAUGAGCAUUUACUCCAAAGCACAGGAAAGAGCCUCCUUGAAGUAAGCGUGGAAACUUUAGCAGCUCUCAUAAGCAGUUUUAAUCCCUCGGUCCUACACCAGUCUUCUCCACCUGGCACAAAGGGAGCGACAUCAGACACUCAAGCCAUAGACCUCCUGCAUCAAGCUGAAGAAAUAGUGAAGCUCAUGAAAGAGAAUCAGAUGAUGGACUUCCAAAAUGACUGGAAACUGAUCACAGUCUUUUUUAGUGCUGAAAACCCAUGCUCUUCCUGUGCCUCCACACAACUGAAGAACUGCAUAUUGGACAACCUGGAAAAACUUAAAGCUGUCUUGGAUUUUUUGUAUAAAAUGGUUCCCAAGGCCUUCAUAAAUCUGGUGGAUUCUACUGAGCUCACAACUUCCUCUCUUGUAUGCCAAGAUUACAAUAAUGCCAGCAAUGCAGGCAGGAAUCAGUGCAAUUGUGUUAGUGAACAGUCCACGUUAGAUGAUAACAUAUUGAGGUGGUCCUAUCAGGAUGCUUGGGAAAAACUGCUGGAGUCUGAGAGGUAUGAUCAAAAGGAUGACUUCACUGUCAUUCUUCAGCCUUCUCUCCAAGAAAGAAAUCUGCUGCUCAGACCAGGCAGGGAUGGUUUCGUUACCACAUCGAAGACACAAGUGGAAACUCUGGAAGAAGAUUAUACUUUCAUGGCUGUGGGCCUCUGGAACAACAUGAUGGAGCCAGUUGGACAGAAGCAGCCUUAUGAUUUCACAAAAAUUCUUCAGGUCCGGUGUCCAUCUCAGGAAAAGCCAUAUUUGUUCACAUAUAGAAAUAGUAACUACUCAUCUUCCCCAGAGACAUCAAACACUAAAGAAACAUCUCAGGAGAGGAUUUAUGGAACAAAUAUUCCCUGUUUCGACCGGAGUCCCUCUGAUACAGUUCCAGUUUCAGUUCAUAAUUUGAAACCGGCAGAUAUUCGGGUGAUUGCUGCCCUGGGAGAUUCACUCACAGCAGGUAAUGGUGCAGCAUCCAAACCCCAUGAUGUUCUGGAUGUCCUGACCCAAUACCGAGGUGUGUCUUGGAGUGUUGGAGGAAAUGAAAACAUAAGCACAGUCACGACUCUAGCAAACAUCCUUCGUGAGUUCAACCCAUCCCUGAUAGGGUAUUCUACUGGCACUGGGAAGGAGACUACAGAUAAUGCUGCACUCAACCAAGCUGUGGCAGGGGAUCGUGCAGAGGAUGUUCCUGCACAGGUUAGAAGACUGGUGGACCGAAUGAAGAAUGAUACUAGAAUAAAUUUGAAGACUGACUGGAAGCUCAUAACACUUUUCAUAGGAGGAAAUGACCUAUGCAAAUUCUGCAACAAUCCAGUACACUAUUCUCCUGAAAACUACACCUACAAUCUACAAACAGCAUUGGACAUACUUCACAGAGAGGUUCCACGGGCAUUUGUGAACCUGGUGACAAUACUUUCCAUAGCAAGCCUCUGGGAGCUGUACACAUCAGAAAAAAAUACCUGCCCAAAGCUGCUUAUGAGGGUCCUGUGCCCUUGUGUUGUAAACCCUCAGGACAAUUCCAAUGAGUUCAAGAAGUUGGUCUACUUUAACAGAAGAUAUCAGGAGAGAACCCACCAGUUAGUGGAGAGCGGAAGGUAUGACACUACGGAUGACUUCACAGUGGUUGUGCAGCCAUUUCUGACGAAUGUGAACAUGCCAAAAACACAGGAAGGGUUGCCAGACAGUUCAUAUUUUGCCCCAGACUGUUUCCACUUCAGUCAGAAGUCUCAUUCCCAGGCUGCACGUGCUUUGUGGAACAACAUGCUGGAACCCUUAGGGGAGAAGACAGAUAGUCAGCAAAUGGAAGAUGAGAUUGUUCUCAAAUGUCCAAGUAAGGCUGAGCCAUUCCUGAGGACAUAUAAGAACAGUAAUUACACAUAUCCUAAUCAAACUCCAAAUUAUGGAAGCCAACUGCUAUGCAAGGACAAGUCUCCAUCCUCCCCUCCUGCAACUUCAGUGCAUUCCCUAAAGCCAGCUGAUGUGAAAAUUAUAGCAGCCCUUGGGGAUUCUUUGACGGCUGGUACAGGAAUUGCCUCAGAUAAUCUCCUGGAUUUGGACACUGAGUACCGGGGACUGUCUUGGAGUAUUGGAGGAGAUGCGUCGUUAGAGAACGUGACAACUCUACCUAACAUCUUUCGAGAGUUCAAUGUUACGAUCAUGGGCUAUUCGACCGGCACUGGGAGUGAGAAUGAUUCAAAUGCAUUCCUUAACCAGGCAGUUCCUGGAGCACAGGCUGAGCAUUUACCAGCCCAAGCAAGAAAUCUCCUGAGACUAAUGAAAACUGAUCCUAGAAUUGACUUCAGCGCUGACUGGAAGCUCAUAACGGUGCAUAUUGGAGGCAACGAUCUGUGCAACUAUUGCAAAGACCCUGAUCACUACUCAGCUGUGAAUUUCACCAGAAGGAUUCAAGAAACUCUUGAUAUUCUGCACAAGCAGGUUCCAAAAGCUCUAGUGAGCCUGGUUGAAGUGAUGGACCUCCUCCCUCUGAGGCAGUUGUUUGUGGAUACUCAAGUUCAGUGCCCCACUUACUUGGCAGAUUAUCUGUGUAGUUGUGUUUUCACAGGAGAAGAAAACUCACCAAAUUUAACGAUGGUCAGGGAAGCCACCAGAGCUUACCAGCUUGGCGUUCAGAGACUAGUGGAAUCUGGCAGAUAUGAUACUCAUGAAAAUUUCACAGUGGUCAUCCAGACUUUCCUCCAAAAUCCCAAGAUUCCUCUUGGUCAGGAUGGGCAUCCAGAUAUCUCCUAUUUUUCACCUGACUGCUUCCAUCCAAGCCAGAAAGGCCAUUCUCAGCUUGCCAAGGCUCUCUGGAAUGCUGUGUUACAGCCUGUAGGCCAGAAAGCUGACUCAUUUGAUUUCAUGGCUGACAUUGUCCUCGACUGUCCAACUCAGAACAAACCAUUCCUGGGAACAUACAAGAAUAGCAACUACACAUAUCCACCUGUGGAGCCCACUAAUGAGCCAAUAGAGAAUUGGGGCAGUGACCUGUCGUGUUCUGAACAGGCUCCAUCCAGUCGUGUCCCAACAUCAGUACAUGAGCUAAAACCUGCUGACAUCAAAGUCAUAGGAGCACUGGGAGAUUCCCUAACUACUGCAGCAGGAGCCGAAGCAACUGACCUACAAACAGACUGGAGGGGACUUUCCUGGAGUAUUGGAGGUGAUGGGACCCUGGAGACCCAGACUACUUUACCCAAUAUAUUGAAAAAAUUCAAUCCGAACCUCUUUGGCUUCUCCACUGGCAGCUCUAAGGAAACAGCUGGAUUCAAUGUUGCAGAGAGAGGUGCCACAGCACGCAAUAUGUCAGCCCAAGCCCGUGAAUUGGUGCAGCUAAUGAGAAGCAGCUCGAAAAUUAAUUUCAAGGAAGAUUGGAAGCUGAUCACUGUCCUCGUUGGAGGCAAUGACCUAUGCCAGUACUGCUUGGACAAGGAAACCUAUUCAGUGCAAAAGUAUGUAAAGCACCUUCGGGACACUCUGGAUAUUUUCUAUAAGGAGCUCCCGAGAGUCUUUGUCAACAUGGUGGAGAUACUAGAGAUUUCUGGACUGCGUCAGAUCGCAGCAAGCUCUUUGGGGUGUGCUUUGACAGCUAAGAAUGUUUGCCCAUGUUUCUUAAACCCCGAGGAAAACUCUUCUGAACUACAAGAAAUUAAGAGAGUUAAUAGAGAUUUUCAGGCUGAAGCUUUACAGCUGAUCAACAGUGGUCAGUACGAAGAGCGUGAGGACUUUGCGGUUGUCAUGCAACCAUUUUUCCGAAACACCUUGCUGCCCCUGGAGAGCAAUGGCAAGCCAGAUCUGAGUUUCUUUGCUGCAGACUGCUUUCAUUUCAGUGCACGAGGCUACGCUGAGAUGGCCAUGGCUCUCUGGAAUAAUAUGUUGGAGCCAGCUGGUGAAAAGCAGACUUACAACAACUUUACCCAUGAUAGAUCAAAACUGAAGUGUCCAAACCCAGAGAAACCCUUUCUUUCCACGCUAAGAAAUAGUGGAUUCAGACAUUCAGAUCUCAACUUGGAGAAAACCGAACCUUCAGUCCCCUACUGGGCUGUCAUUGUGGCUGCGGUAGCUGGAGUCCUGGCGGGUUCUUUACUCAUCUGGGUUGUGUCAGGAAGAAGAGUCAAGAGGCACCAACAUGAGACUGGCACAGAAAGGAACAGUAAAACGACAUCUCUGUAAAGCGAGUGGAAUAAACAUCUGUCUCUGCUGAGGCUGCUCUCUGGUGUGACGCAGACAGCAGCAGAAUAAAAAAAUGUUGGAUAGAAAUGAAGCUUCUUGGUUAGCCAGGGAUUUUUGGACCCGAUAAUCUUGAUCAGAAAUGUAGAGUUAGCUUCUGCAGAUCAGUCAAGCGGAGGAUGGAGUUCAAAGUGUUAAAGCUUUUUUCAUUCUGGGAUACAAUUCUCUGUUUCGUGAAUAUCACUCAGGAUGUCAAUUGCUUGCAUGAAGUGAGAAAACUUAUUCAUGCGUCUUGGCACCCUAAUUGUGCAUCUGCCCUUUUUUCUUAUAAAGCUGUAUGUAAAAUGUUA